UCACUCCUGUCAGCUUAAAACAGCAGGAUACAGGUCACCGAAACUGGACAAAUGAAGAUUACUUAAACGUUGCCUGGUGUAAUGAGUCUCAGUUUCUGCUGAGACAGUCAGAUGUUAGAGGCAGAAUUUGGUAUGAACGACUUGAAAGCUUGCCAGACCACCAAAAACAAUGGCAUGUUCAAAGUCAAUUAAAUCACCUUUAUUCCCCAUUCUGAUGCUCACUUUGGACCUCAGCAGGCCGUCUUGACCAUGUCAGCAUAUCUCAAUGCAUCGGUUGCUGCCAUGUGAUUGGCUGAUAAAAUAUUAACAUUAAUUAGCAGUUCAUUAGGUACAUCUAACAAAGUGUAUGGUGUGUGUGUGUGUAUAAUGCAAUUAAUGCUGUACUUGUGUGACAGGAGUCUUAGUUUUGACCUUUUAUUACUUUUCUUUGAGAGGAAUUUUGGAGGAGAGAAUCUGUAAUGAUAGGCAGAAAAGAAGCCCUGAUCAGGGAAUAAAGGCUGGUCCAUGGGCAUGAGACCUAACCCCCAUACCAUUGGAUCCCAGAGUUAAUUCCUUGGAGCCCCCCCUCAUCUACAUUCUAAGAUAAGUUCUGGGGCUUUUCCAUUACACUGAGCAGCUUGGCUCUACUUAGUUUGACUCGGCACAACCGCAGAGCAGAAUCAUUAUUGGUGCGGGUCUGUGUAGCCCUGCAUGGCCAAACUGGUGAUGGAAAAGCAAAUCAGAAUGGCUAGGUUUGGAUCGGCGAGGGCAAAGGUCAUAUUGGUAAAACCCAGUUGAGGCCCCUCUCCGGGACAGGACACACUGUCAAAAUAAACAUAAAUUUGACUAUUUUUGUGACAAAAAUCAACAUUACAGGCCUAAACACACCUUUUCUCCCUGAAAGACCACUGUAUAAACUCAUUUAGUGUGUCCACCCAAUUUUUAUCAUUAAUAUGAGCAAAUCUGAUUAUGAUAAUCUCAGAGCAGACAGAGCCUCACACCCCCCUGAGGUCUUUGCCACCCGUUAUGUUGUAAACUCCUCUGACAGCCCCUUUGUCCAGCCUGGCACACACUACAAGAUAGUUGAGCCAAUAUUUGGCUGUAUUCACCACUAACGACCAAAGUCAGCAAAAGCCCAACUUUUGUGUGGUUCUGAAGUUUAUUUUGAUAGAUUUAUCUGCAGUGUGUGGUGUGUAAAGAUUAAAGAUUGAAAUCAUAAAUAUCAAACAUAAUCAACUAUCAUAAGUAGAGGGGAACAUGUAGGACAGCCAAGCAGAGAUGAGCAGGAUUGUGAUGCAGGAUGGAACAAUAGCCAACCAAGAUUAAACUGACAGAAGGAGGAAGCACAACAAACACAGCCACAGCAAUGAUCCUGAAGCAUAAAGUUUAACUGAUGUCAAAUAUGGAAGACAAAAUUGUUGAUUUGUGGCAGUAACAUGUUAACUGUAAUACAUACUGCAAUCAAAUUGACAAGGGAGGGAGCUGGACUGAACUUAGCUAACAGCUAGCCACAUUUAGCUUGUACCCUAAAAUCACAUAUUGUGUAAGAUUUUGAGUUUAGGGCAUGGAGACUCUGGUUGGUGGGGAAUGAAUUUGAUAGCAUGUGGUGUGCUGAGCUUAUCAUAUCAUUGCACACCACUCCGUACAAGAACAAUAUGGUUAAAUCUGCUAAAUGUGUGGGGUUUCUUUUAUUUGAAAUGGCUGGGAUUUUAAAACUUUUUAGUGCGUACCAAGAUUAAGGCAUUCAUGCAUACAUUUGGGCAUGGCAACUUGACUGACAGGUUGGUGCUUUGAUUGCCAGAAGGUUUAGGGUCCUGCUCAGUUUUACCUCUAUGCAUGCCUCUAGAUUAGCUAAUAGUAGUCAACAUUUCCUAUAUGACGACCUUUUAACAAUGUCAGUGUUUCAUAGUGUAUGAACAUGCAUUAAUUCAUAGAUUUCAUAGAUUUAUAAAAAAAAAAAAGGUAGAAUAUUAACAGCUUCAGAAUAGAUUAAUGAUGCGUGAAGAGAUUUAAAUAGCUUGUUUUUCCACAGGAUGAAAUAAGUUUAAAAAGUUUUCAUUAUUUGAAUCCCUUGAGUAAAGUUCACCAAACAGUUUUUUCCUGCAGCCAUCUGCCGCGUUCAAGCAGCUUUCCCCCUGUAACUGGGCCUUGACCCCCUCCCUCGUCAUCUCCAGCCAUCCCCUUAAAAACCUUAAGCCCUCACCCCGUUUCACCCUCCUACCUCAACAACCCCUGGAGAAUGCCUGCAUAAGUGUUUGGGAGAAACGGAGUGAAAAGUAGGCCAGCUCCUCAGCAGAUUUGGGAGGACAUUUUCAUCAGUGUGAAGCUAAUUCAUUUAGCAGAGCCACUCAUCCAGAGAGACCCUCAGAUUGCUCCAGCAGUUAGUCAGCGUGGGUAGAAAUCAUGAGUAGCAGCCGGAGCGGUGGUGCUGGUGGAAAUAGGCUGAUUAAAUUUGAAAUUGUUAUUGAAUUUCUUAUCAGGAUGUUGUCAGAUGUCAUGCUUAUUUUAGGGGUUCUAGUAUGGGUGCAACAUCUGGAUUGUGUUAUCCGGAUUGCGUGAGCUACUCCCAUGAAUCAGGCCUCAUCCUGCCAAAAACGGUCCUGUUUUUAUAAGAAAAGGCCGUACAGCUGGGUAAUACAUUUUGGUUGACGUCGUCUCCUCCAGGUGCAUGAGUGUGAAUAUAGAAGCAGAAUCGAUAUUCUUUCCAAACAUCCCCCCACUCCUGUCAGGCUGCGCUCUUCCUGCAGGCCUCAGCAGUGAUCCAUCAGUGGUUGCCAGGUCACUGCUUGAUCUAUGCCACACACUCAUCCUAAUAUCACAGCACCUUGAAGCAAUAAUCCUACACUUCUGUGAUCUGUGUUUUCUGCAGAAGAGGUAUUGAAAGUCUCAGAGUUGAGUGAGAAAGCGCUGGAGGUGCUAGCCUUGUUCCAGGGCUGCAGAAAUAGCAUGCAGGCUAAGCUGUCUGGUAGAACAGGCAGCUCUUUGUUUGUCAUUUCAAAACUUAAAAGUCUGAGGAACACAAGCAACCUACACACAAGUCUUUUUAACGGUUCCUUUUAGAUAGGGGGGAUACCAGGCUCCUCUUUCUUUCCUACUUCAAACAGGUUUGACCUUAAGGCAGUGUAAGUGUGAACCCAACAGUUUGACAUGAAAUAUCACUGGAAGGAGCAGGGUUGUGAUUGGACACAGGGUUCCUCAGGCUAUACGUCAGACCAGUGGAUCCAUAUGCAGCAGCUCACUCAUCAGAGUCCUGCUCUGAGCAGAGGACCGGAGUACCGAGGGCAGUUUCCUGAGCCUGUCAGGGUCAAUGCGUCGAGGCUCCUCAGAGAACAAUCUGGAACUGGAUCUAUGCGAUGGAUCUGAUCGACCUCACCAUCCUGCUCUGGGCUGCGAGGUCCAGCGGAGUCGGUCCUGCUUGGACAACCUGCAGCAGAAGAUCCUGAAAGUCACGGAGCAGCUGAAGAUCGAGCAGACGGCGAAGGAGGAGAACGUAGCCGAGUACCUGAAGCUGGUGAACAGCGCUGACAAGCAGCAGGUGGGACGCAUCAAGCAGGUGUUUGAGAAGAAGAACCAGAAGUCGGCUCAAAACAUCGCCCAGAUGCAGAAGAAGCUUGAGCAGUAUCACAAAAAGAUGAAGGAUAAUGAGGUCCACCAUAGCCCGUCUCAUCAUAAGUCCACUGUCAAACACAGCACCAUCCCCAGGGAGUCUCCCCGAGAGCUGCUGAAGGACAUGACGGGCUCAGGCCGACACCCGACCAUGGACAAGAUCAAAACCAUCGGACCAGGCGUCUCCCUCUCUCCUCCUUUCUUCUUCAGCAAACCUAGAGAGUUCGCCAACCUCAUCAGGAACAAGUUUGGCAGCGCAGACAACAUCGCCCACCUCAAAAAUAGCCUGGACUCGUCCUCACAGCUGCCCACUGACAGCACAGGGAAAGGCCUGAGCAGCAGCACCUCCAUGGUGGGAAAGCCCAAGUACCCCAGCGAUGAUGAGUGCUCCUCAGGGAGUGCAUCCAUUUCAGCUGAGAGUAAUGGGAACCCAGCAGGGCAGGCUCAGGGGGCGGGCCAGGGCCAGCAGCAGGCUGGAGGAGACAGCCAGAGCAGACUGGCCCUGAGCCUGGAGGAGGUGAGGGAGAUCAGGGAGGCACAGAGCCAGCUGGAGGAGGACAUGGAGGAGCUGAAGAGUCAGUUCAAGAGAGAGUUUGGUAUCGUGAGCCAAUCACUACAAGAGGAGAGAUACAGGUAUGAACGUUUGGAGGACCAGCUAAAUGACCUGACAGAGCUUCACCAACAUGAGAUGUCCAAUCUGAAGCAGGAACUGGCCAGUAUCGAGGAGAGGGUGGCGUACCAGGCUCAUGAAAGAGCCCGGGACAUACAGGAGGCUCUGGAGUCAUGUCAGACGCGAGUAUCCAAGCUUGAGCUCCAGCAGCAGCAGCAGCAGCAGACGGUGCAGCUCGAGAGCCACGACGCCCGGGUCCUGCUGGGGAAGAGUAUCAACAUCAUGCUGGCCAUCAUCACCGUCAUCCUCGUGUGCGUCUCCACCGCUGCCAAGUUCGCCGCGCCACUGAUGAAGAGCCGGCAUCAUGUGGUCGCCACCGUCCUGGGAGUUUGUUUUUUGACCAUUUUCUGGAAGAACUGGGACCGUUUACAGUUCGCCUUAGACAGGCUGCUGGUGCCCGCCUGAUAGUGACAAGAGCAGGGGUUAAAAACAACAUGGCUGAAACAUGGGCGCUGCCAGGUGAUGAGAUAGGACUGUCUGAGAGGAUUGGUUAUACAAUCGUCAAAAGACACGAUCGCCAUGCAUUAACACAGGUCACUGUUUUCUUUCUUUUUUAAGUCAGACUGAAAAUUACUUCUGGUGAUUUUUUUCUUGUCUAGAACUUGAAUGUGAGUUGCUAAAACUUCCUUUAACCUUUAAAAUAAUAUUUAUAUAACAAUAAAUAUUCUUACUACCCUAUUAAUUGCAAAAAUUAUCUCAGAAUAAAUUGUAAUGUACUUGCCUUAUCACUACGAUGCAGCAAAAUCUGGACUCAAUACAUGAGAAUUCACUAUAUUUUUUAUGUUAAGUUCAAGAUUAAUACUUCACAGCAUGAAAAAACACACUCAAGUUUGGUGUCUUGGUUUGCAACAGCUAUGAAAGCUAGAGGUGCUGGAUGUGGAUUCUUACCUUUUGCACAGAGACAGGCUAAUUGUUUCCAAUUGCUUGCAGCCUUUAAGCUAAGCUAGGGUUGUUACAACAGUAGAACUUUGACCUUAAAUACAAUUUUGGCACAGAAAAAAAACAAUUCUGAUACCAUUCUGAUACAAUGGCACAGAAACACAAGUCAUAAGCACUCAAUUUUGGACCAUUUCUUGUUUUUAAUCACUAAUAAAUGCAGACAGACUCCUAGAAAAUUGCACAAAACUUUGCCAAUGUUUAGGUAAUGUUGCUAUUUUUUUAAAGCAGUGGUGUUUUUGAUAAUAUUGAUCAUAAAAAACAGGUUGUAUCAUUUUAAAAAUGUGUUAGAGAAAAAAUUUUCCAUGUAUCGACAAUUUUGAUGACCUUAUAUUAAGCUUAGGCAUCUAGCUUCUGGUUUGUGGAUCUGAAUUGAGCACAGAUACAUGAAACAAGGCCUCAUAAUCAUCAUAUUCCUUUAAAUGUUGAACUGCUCUUUUAAUCUACUGCAGCACAGAGGCAAGGAACAUCCCAUUUUUAAUGUGUUGAUUCUUUUGAUUCUUUUCUGCUCUAUCAUUCCUUGUGUGGUCAGUCAUCUCUUUUCCGUUUACAGUUCCAGAUGAUUUAAGUGCAAUAUAUUUGAUUUAUAAGUUUUGAAAAUAUUUCAUUUAGGAGCAAGCGUUGGACGUCAGCGUUUUACAAUGACAGGGUGUUGGAGCUGGGGGGGGGGGGCGUGUCAGUAAUGUUGGCAUGAGAGAUCGGUAACCACUGAAGCCACUGCUGGGCUCUGAUAAGACCAGCUGUCUCCUCUCUCAAGGGCCAAAAAGCCUUCCCACUGCAUCAGCGUGAGGAUAGCGUGCAAAUAUCGACACAUGAUCUGACACACAGAUCUCCAACAAAGCUGUACUGAACAACACAAAAACAGUCUCUUUUAUGUCUUAUGUUUGUUUUCUACUAAUAAUGUGAUUGAGAAGUGAUGGGUUAUACUGUGAUUCAAGGCCUUUAUUAAGGAAAAAUGCAAUCCCCUUUUUUAAAGGAGCAACAAACAGCCUUCGGUGCUCCGAUGAUGAAAGAGGAGCACAACACAGGCUCUAUGUGGCAAACUAUGAGCCGUCUUUUUUGGACUGACUAAUGUUUUAUUUCUUGUUUUUGUCUUACGAGCAUUGCCUUUAUGGAUCUCACAUGAAGCUACAGCCCACUUUUUUAAUGUUUACCUGCCAUAAUAACAUGUACAUGUUGUCUCUUUGUUGUCCUACUGAAUUUACUGUUUUGUUCCCAUUUUGACUUCUAUAAGGAACCUGCAAAACUACAAAUCUGGUUUACAUUCUCUUUUAUUCUCUGGUGCACUAUGUGAUCAAUCAGUUGUAUUUUCAUGCAUUAUGUGCCUUUGUCUGACAAUUUCUGUUAAAUUAAACAAACCUUUUUAAUCAAUUUGUGCU